AUGACAAAUCACACUAGUUUACAUAUCAUCACACCGAAUACAACAACACAGACAGUUGGAAAAAUGAGAUCGUCGCUCACACUCGUCUUCUUAGUAGCCAUUGGUUACGCCACCGCCUACCAAAUACCACAUGAAAGUCCGAAUGAUUACGGUGGUGAUUGCUACGGUAGUGAUUGUGGUGGCGGUUAUGGAGAUGGUGGGUAUGGUGGUGGCGGAUAUGGUGGUGGUGGUGGUGGUGGUGGUGGCUAUGAGGGUGGCGGAAAUGGCGGUGGCGGUGGUGGUGGUGGCUAUGAGGGUGGCGGAUAUGGUGGUGGUGGCGGUGGUGGUGGCUAUGAGGGUGGCGGCGGCUAUGGUGGUGGUUGCAAUGGUGACGAUUGUGGUGGUUACGGUGGUGGCGGUGGUGGUGGUGGUGGUGGCGGCAAUGGCGGCUAUGGUGGUGGUUGCAAUGGUGGAGGCUGUGGAUAUGGCUUCGAUGAAGCUUUCCCUGCUCCCUAUGGUGGUGAUCAAGGCUACGGUGGCAACGGCCAUGGAAAGGGUGGCGGUAAAGAAAAUGGCCAUGGAAAGGGUCAUGGCAGUGGCAAGGGUGGUAGCAAAGGUGGCAAAGGUGGCAAACCCAAUACUUACAAACCCAAUGCUUACAAACCCAAUGCUUACAAACCCAAUACUUACAAACCCAAUGCUUACAAACCAAACACUUAUGCAAGCACUUACUGAGGCACCAGUUGAAUUGUGGAUGAUUCUAACUUGUUUGUGUCACACUGUCCACUAUCCAUUUUUUCCACACACCUCUCAAUUCAACUCACUGUAAUAUAGUCGUGUUUGAAUUCGAGAUGAAUAAAACCUAUUCAUUCCAAA